CAAACCAGCACACCGUGGGAUCAUCCUCCACCACGUCUCUUUUAGAGUAACACUGUUAAUACAAUCAGUCCAGUUUUGCAGAAGGAGUGGACCAGGACCCCCUCCCUCUUACUGAAAUAUCACAUCAAACCAUAACAAGAUGGCUUCCAUGUCUGUGGACCCAGUGACAGAACCACGGAUGUAUCAGCAAACGCUCCUACAAGAUGGGCUGUGUGAUCUUCUGGAGACUAACAAGUUUGUGGACUGUGUUCUGAAGAUCAAAGACAGAGAGUUUCCUUGCCAUCGGUUGGUGCUAGCCGCCAGCAGCCCUUACUUCAAAGCCAUGUUCCUCUCAGAUCUGGAGGAGAGCAAAAAACGAGAGAUUUUUCUAAAAGACAUUGAGCCUGGAGUCAUGGGAAUGAUCCUGAGAUACAUAUACACCUCGGACAUCAACCUUACUGAGCAGAAUGUCCAAGACAUUUUCAUGGCGGCCAACAUGUACCAGAUACCUUCAAUAUUCAGUGUGUGUGUGUCCUAUCUGCAGCAGAAACUGGUUCUCAGUAACUGUCUGGCCAUCUUCAGACUUGGGCUGUUACUGGACUGCCCACGCUUGGCCAUGGAGGCAAGGGACUUCAUCUGUGACCGCUAUCAACUCAUCAUCCGGGACCAGGACUUCCAUCAGCUUGGUGCCAGUGAGUUGGCUGCUAUCAUCACAUGUGACUCCCUGAAUGUUGAGCGAGAAGAGCUGGUGUUUGAGUCUCUAAUGGACUGGGUUCAGUAUGACAUGGUGGAAAGGCUAAAGGACUUGCCUGAACUUCUCCACUGUGUACGCUUCCGUCUUAUGCCAGCAAGUUACUUUAAGGAGAAAGUAGAGGGGCAUCAACUAAUCAAGAUGAACCAGGAGCUCAAGAAGGAGCUCCAGCUUAUCAAGGAUGCACAGAGAGGACUGCUACAUAGGGUCAAAAGGUCAUCGCACGAGAAGGAAGGAGCAAUGGCAGAUUGUGAUGAUGAGGAUGAAGAGGGUUUGCUGCCAGGGAUCCUAAAUGACAACCCACGUUUUGGGAUGUUUCAGACAGACCUUAUAUUAAUGAUUAGCGAUGCGGGAACGGUCGCAUACGAGCCUGUCGCAAAUGAAUGCUUUGUGGCAUCAUCAUCCACCGAGGUCCCGAAGAAUCACUGCAGUCUUGUCACAAAGGAGAAUCAGAUCUUUGUUGCUGGUGGUCUCCUGUACAAUGAGGAAAAUAAAGAAGUGCCUUUGAGUUCGUACUUUCUACAGUUUGAUCCUAUGAGCUCAGAAUGGCUGGGGAUGCCUUCAUUACCGAACCCUCGCUGCCUGUUUGGUCUGGCGGAGGCUGACAACUCAAUCUAUGUGGUGGGAGGAAAAGAACUGAAGGAGGGAGAACGUGCACUUGAUUCUGUUAUGAUCUAUGACAGACAGUCAUUCAAAUGGGGAGAGUCUGACCCUCUUCCAUAUGCAGUUUAUGGACAUGGAACCAUUUCACACAAAGGGCUGGUCUAUGUGAUAGGUGGAAAAACUGAGAGCAAGAAGUGCCUAAGAAGAGUGUGUGUCUAUGACCCCACCAAGUUUGAAUGGAAGGAUGUGGCACCCAUGAAAACAGCCCGCUCACUGUUUGGCACUGCUGUUCACAAAGACAAAAUCUAUGUGGUAACUGGAGUCACUGAUAAUGGUCUGACUAACAGUGUGGAGGUUUAUGACAUUGCCCGCAACUCCUGGUCAGAGUUUGUGGAGUUCCCUCAGGAGAGGAGCUCUCUGAACCUGACUGAACUGGGUGGCUGCUUGUAUGCUGUUGGGGGUUUUGCCAUGAUGCCCAAUGAGACCACAGAAAAAAUGGAGCCCACUGAGAUGAAUGACAUAUGGAGGUUUGAUGAAGAGGAGAACUGUUGGAAUGGGAUUCUGAGAGAGAUACAUUAUGCUGCAGGGGCCACAGUGCUUGGAGUGCGUCUGAACACAUUGCGACUCACUAAAAUGUGAUCUACAGCUGUCAUUUAGUCAAAAUACAUCAGAUGUAGUAUAAGAACAACACUGCAAAACAAUGACCACUGCCCACAUCUUUAUGAAGGAGCAAUAUAAAGUAUAUACUUCAAAUUCCAUUGUAUCUAAAUGAAUAUUUCAGACCUAGCUUGCUAAAUGUUGAUGUAGUUUGUGAAAGGUCUGAAGGUAAUAAGUGUUGUACAUGUUGCAGGUUAUUAUGAAACCGAGUGGGUCUGCACUCAGCAGAUGGAGACAAAGAUAAGACCAUCCAUUUUUCAUAGGAUUGCUUUUUUUUUUCUUUUUUUUUUAGUAAUUUAGGAUAAUUUGACCUGAUUUAAAUUUCCAUGUACAUUGAUUUCUAUCAUUCUAUGAUAUGUUGUAUUUCCUAUGAAUACAAGUUAAAAUUUUACAAUUCUGACCAAAUACAAUGUGAAAAUAAGUUAAAUAAAAGCAAACAAUUGAAAAAACAAAAUUAAAAAAAACUUGAUAAAGACAAAGACCAAACUAAAAUGAAAACCCUAACAUAAUAAAUUGUCAAUGGCAAAUGUCAGCACACACAUUGUUAUACACUCUCCAAAGCCACUUGAACAUAACAAAAAAUAAAAUGAAAUGAUUAAAUGUGGAAUCAUUGUAUAUACACUACCGGUCAAAAGUUUUGAAACACACUCAUUCUUUAUUAUAAUUUUUUUUUUUUUACAUUUUAGAAUAAUUGUAAUGUCAUCAAAACUGUGGAAUAACAUAAAUGGAACUAUGGGAAUUAUGUUGUGACUGAAGAUGCUAAAAUAUCUUUCUUUUGGAUUUUGUUUAAAGUAGUCACACUUUGCCUAGAAUUUUCAGAAAUGUACUCUUGACAUUUUCUAAACCAACUUCUUGAGGUAUCACCCUGGGAUGCUUUUUAAACAGUAUUGAAGGAGUUCCCAUCUAUGUUGGGCACUUAUUGGCUGCUUUUCUUUAUUAUUUGGUCCAAGUCAUCAAUUUCAAAAACUUUUUUUUUUAUAUAAAAUUUUAGUUUUAUAAUUAAAUAAAUUAAUAUGGUGGCACAAUUAUAUUUUUGUCUAUAAAACUAAUUUCAAACAUUUAAGCAUAUGCCUUCAGAUCAAAAUAUUUUUAAGAUCAUGUGAAACAUUUCAGUCAAGUGUUGCAAAACUUUUGACCGGUAGUGUAUAUCAUACUCCAUCUAUAAAGAAUCUCAUAAGGUUGUCUACACUAUCAACAGUACAGGCAAUGCAGAUCCAUACAAAAACUAUCUGAAGACAUACUAGUUUUCAUGUUAUGUUUCAGCACAAUCAGUCAUUACUUUUUGAAAACAAGUAUUACUUUGUACUAUAUAGGGCAUUAAAACUACUUUUUGUGCUGCUGUUGCAAUUUCUUGAAUUUCAUGAUGGAGUCCUGGAUGGUGAGUCAAAGACAUUUUUUCAUCAUGAAAAAAACUUUAAAAAAAAAGGCAGAAAAAAAAACUUCUGAUGGAAAACAA